AUUCAUUCACACCCAGAAACUGCAUUGACCGAACAUUUCGCACACAAAAUCCUCACCGAAUAUCUAGAGACAAAAGGUUUUCUAGUGACUCAACAUGCAUAUGGUUUAAAAACAGCAUUUCGCGCGGAAUUUGAAAACAAGCUGGACGAUGGCAGCGCAAAUGAUAAAGUACGGACUGUGUCGUUUAAUUCGGAAUAUGACGCGUUGCCUGGUAUUGGACAUGCAUGCGGGCAUAAUCUUAUCGCUAUUUCGGGUGUUGCUGCUGCAUACGGUGUCAAACAAGCAUUAAAAUUAUUGAAUAUUCCAGGAAAAGUGGUAUUGUACGGGACGCCUGCAGAAGAAACCGUCGUUGGAAAAAUCAUGUUAAUUGAAGCCGGCGCUUACGACGAUGUUGAUAUAUGCAUAAUGAUUCAUCCUUCCGACGAAGAUAAUGUCGGAGCGGCAUUUCUGGCGCUGGUUGAUGUUGACAUCGAAUAUUUUGGACAACCAUCUCAUGCUUCUGCGGCGCCUUGGAAUGGAAAAAACGCUCUCGAUGCCGCAAUUUUGGCAAUUCAUGGAAUCAUUACCGAAGGAGGUCAAGCUGUAAACGUUAUACCCGACCACACUGCACUGAAAUUCCGAAUCCGUUCACCAAAACGAGAACAGCUCGCCAAACUACGGCAAAAAAUUGAAGUUUGCUUCAUUGCUGCUGCCGCUUCUACGGGAUGUAAAUAUAAAAUUACGUGGGGUCAUGAGGUUAAUGAUGUUUUGACGAACCUCCACCUGGGAUAUAGAUUCGCAAAGCAUAUGAAUGACUAUGGUGUUAAAUUUCCGCAUGAUCCUUUGUCUUUUGCUGGAUCUACCGAUAUGGGAAACGUGAGUUAUAAAGUACCUGGCAUUCACUCACGAAUAAGCCUUGGCACAAAAAACAAAAUUCACACUCCAGAGUUCGAAAAAGACGCAAAAACAAUCGAAGCACACACACGAAUUAUACGUGCUUCAAAAUGUUUGGCAUUGACGGCAUUAGAUGUUAUCACAGACGAACAGUUUUAUAAGGAUGUGUAUGAUGA